AUGGGGUUCGCUGCAACACUUCUCCUGGGACUCAGCCAGCUUCAAGCUGUGACUGCUGUCAGCUCUUUGAACAUUGACACUUCUUCCGGACCAGUUCAGGGCUUCACAGAUGACAUCACACCAAAUGUUGCACAGUACCUCGGUAUACCGUUUGCAGAACAGCCCGUAGGAGCACGACGCUGGCUGCCUCCAGCUCCAAAGUCUAAGGAAAAUGCAACGAUCAAGGCGACCGAUCUAGGGCAUGCUUGUCCCCAGUUUGAGGGUAAUGCACCUAAUGUCUGGCUCACAGACGCACCGGAAUUCAUUAUUCAGCCGCGGGACUACCAAGGUGAGGACUGUCUAAACCUCCACGUUUGGGCUCCGUUGGAACAAUGUGAGAAACCAUUGCCAGUAGUGGUUUGGAUUCACGGAGGAGGAUUUGUGACGGGUGGGCCCACGGUACCAUACCAGAAUCCUGCCCGAUGGGUAGAGAGGUCACGGGAUCACAUCGUUGUCGGAAUCAAUUACCGUUUGAACAUCUUUGGUUUCCCCAAUGCCAAAGCGCUUGCGGAUGACGAACAGAACCUGGCCUUCUUAGACCAGCGCCUCGCUCUGGAAUGGAUUCGCGCCAAUAUCGGUAAUUUUGGGGGUGAUCCAGACCGUAUUACUCUUUGGGGGCAGUCUGCAGGCGCCAUCUCCGUCGAUUACUACAACUUUGCUUACCCAGAAGACCCUAUCGUUUCAGGCUUGAUCAUGAACUCAGGGUCAGCAUUCUUGUCGAUUGCUAGCGCUGAUACACAGCAAUCGAACUUCACAUUCGUCGCUCAGCACUUUGGCUGCAAAGAUGCCGACGCGGAUGCUGAAAUCGACUGUCUACGAAAAAUUGAUUCCAGUGACAUCGAGUUGUUCCUCAAAGGGUACUCCGACAAUGGCACGGCACCUGGGCUAAGCUUCGUCCCAAUAGUCGACGACCGUACGGUUUUCGCAAACUACACAGCACGUGCUCUUGCUGGUAACUUCACGCGUAAGCCGGCGAUUAUUGGUACAACGACCAACGAGGGUAUCGCAUUUCUGCCGUAUAAUCAAACAUAUGGUCCUGAUCAAGCGCAAGCAGACGCUACGACUGCUUCGUUAUUCCUGUGCCCUGUCACACAGACAACCCACGAUCGUACUGCAGCCAAUACCACAACAUUCCGCUACCUUUACGGCGGAAACUUCAGCAAUAUCUCCCCGCAAUUCUGGGAGGGUGCAUACCACUCCUCUGACCUUCCAUUGUACUUUGGCACAUAUGGUAUCGCGAGAGGUAACGGUACGGAUUUUGAAAGAGAAGUAAGCGAGCAGGCACAAGAUUACUAUCUUGCCUUCGCCAAGGAUCCGAUCAAUGGGCUACCAGAGUCGGGAUGGAAGUCCUUAAUCGCCACCAAACGGAGCGCGGAGAAAGACCAGUUGAACAUCAUGGCUAACCAGGCGCCUGCAUCCCUUGUCGAUGUGUUGACCGCCUCAGGCGGUGCUGAACCAGCCGGCUUCCUUAACGACAUCGUCAAGAACCUCUGGCCAAACAUCUGCGUUGCGGGCUCUAACAUAAUCAAAGAAACCGUUGAGCCUAUCCUCGCCUCAACGCUACCUGGUCCUCUUGGAAACCUGCGUUUCACCAAGAUCGACUUUGGACAUAUUCCUAUUGGCUUCUCCAACGUGGAUGUUCACAAAACCAAGACCGAUGGCAUCAAGCUCGACAUGGAUAUGGACUGGGAGGGUGUGUGUGACUUUGAGCUCGACGGAAACAUGGUUCCGAAAGUGGGUGUUGAGAAGGUUCACAUGAAGGGCCGGAUCAGUGUACUCUUGUGUCCGUUGACGAAUGUCAUUCCCUUGAUUGGUGCGGCACAGAUCGCCUUCCUCAACACACCAAGCCUCAAGCUUGACUUUACCGACGCCGCCAAUAUUGCCGACUUCUCUGUUAUUGACAGCACAGUCCGCAAAACCAUUCUUGGUAUCAUUGAUGGAAUGGCCGUACUGCCCAACCGCUUCCUUGUCAAGAUGACGAACGACGUCGACUAUUUCAAGGCUCACCAGCCUCACCACGGUAUUAUUCGCAUCACGGUAGCUCGAGCAACUGGAAUCGAUGCUCCCAAGAAGGGUGAGAAGAAGAGCACAAUGAGGAAACUGCUCUCUAAGGUCAAGCUGGAAGAUGUACCGGAUUGCUACGUCAAGGUCAAAGUAGGUGCCGAGGCGGAGUGGAAGACAAGCGUUGUGGAUAACAACCACGAGCCCGAGUGGAAUGAGACCCACGACUUCUUGGUAUCGGAUUACGAACAAGACAUUUCUGUGGAUAUUCAGGAUGAUGACUUAGCUGGUGACGACGACAUGGGUGUCGGCUCGACCACUGUCAAGGAAAUCCUACUCAAGGGCGGCUCGCAGGAUCUGAGCCUCUCGCACAAGGGCAAUGCUACCCAGGCACGACUACUUAUACAUGCCAAGUUCUUCAACUUUGUCACCGACGCGCAGGCCCUCUCUUCCGCCAACGCUCAAGGCCAAGCUGAGGGUCAGAUCUGCGGUCUGGCCACGGUACUCAUUGCUAGCGCCAACGGACUUCAAGGCAACCGUGACGAGCUCAACCCCAGCGUCAAGGUCACUUGGGGUGACCAGACCUUCCAAACCGCGGUCCAAACCUAUACUCCUGGUACCGAUAUCUUCAAUCCAGCCUUCGAUCAAGCAUUCCGUAUCCCUCUCACCGCAGCGGUGUUGGCGAACCCAGGAGCCUUCAAAAUUGCGCUGCUGAACAAGGAUGUGGAGUUUGGAAAUGCGCAAGUGGGUUUCCAAGAUGUGAUGGGUGCGGAGGGUAUGGCUAUACGGGACAAUUUCGAUGUUGGAAACGGCGCCCAGGUUCGAGCUGCGAUCAUGCUGAACGGUGUCAAGCUGGCCGAGUAA